AUGAAAAUUUCUUUGAUUUAUACAAUCAAUUGUGUUCAGAGACAGUCUGUUAUAGCUUUUAAUAUUUUAAAAUAUAACAACAAAAUGACUGCUGAAUGUAAUCUUGGAAAUAUCCUUAAGCUUAUUCUUGCCUUUAUCUUUCCACCACUUGGAGUCUUCUUAGAUCGUGGAUGUGAUUUGAAUUUAUUGAUCAAUAUAAUUCUUACUCUUCUUGGUUUUAUACCUGGAAUUAUUCAUGCUAUUUAUGUUAUCUUCUUCUCAGCUUAA